AUUUUUCACAUAGACCCUUUGCUUCUCAUCUAUCUGAGGAACCAAUGAAGAUAGCCAAUGGGAAUUGGUGUUCAAGUUUUGAUAAUGGAAGGAAGAGUAAUGGAGAUUCUUCUUCUGUUGACAUACUUGAUGUUUUGCCAUCUGAUCCGUUUGGUAUGGAUAUCAACAAUACUUUCACGGCUAUUACUGGAUGGCUUGAGGAUUUGGAUUAUAAUAACCAAUAUGGAAGAAGAGGAGAUGACAUUUGGAUUGGUGAUGGAAACCAUCAGCAGCUCUUUGCUGGAUUGAGUUUCAUAUGGAACAAUGCAAUGCAGUUUCAGAGUAGUGGGUAUAGUAAUGGAUCGGAGUCGCUGUAUGGGUUUGGUGGGACGUUUGAUGGGUCUUUGUUUUCCGCAUGUAAAUUCCCGGAGAGUAGUGGGGACAAUAAUGUGGUUGGAGGAGCAUUUGAUGGUGAUGGAUCUUGUCAUGGUGCUUUUAUAUCUGCUAGUAGUGUUGAUGAGGUAUUGAGCCUUGAGGAUGCGAGGAAUGGUGGAGUUGUAGGAAGUAGUGAUCGCUGCAAUAAUGGAGGGGAGGAUGCAAAUGUUCAUCCAGCGUUUGGUUUUUGUCUUUAUCAUUUGGGAGUGAAGGAUCUUCUUUCAGUUAGUAUGGUUUGCAAGUCUCUGCAUACUACUGUUUGUGAUGACUCGUUACUGUGGAAACAUAUCCACAUUUGUCAACCGUUGAAUGAGAAGAUCACGGAAGAGGCUUUGCUGCAUUUAACUGAGAGGGCUCAGGGUACUAUGCAGUGUUUGAGGCUCGUAGAUUGCUGUAGAAUUACUGAUGAUUGUCUCAAGCGGGUGUUGGAGCGCAACCCACAAGUAGUCAAGCUUGGUGUGCCUGGAUGCACAAGAAUCACUAUCGAUGGUAUUUUGAGCAUCUUGAGGGAUCUGAAGUCUGUGGGAAAGCUUCAAGUGAAGCAUUUAGAAAUUGGUGGCCUCUUUGGAGUUACUAAAGAUCACUACGAUGAAUUGUUUGACUUGUUGAACAUAGACAAUAAAGUCGAGCAGACUAUUCAGAAGCCUCGUUUUUACCAUAGAGGAGAUGCAUGUGUGUCCUGUGAUGAUGACCGGGCGCUAGAUAUUGAGAUGUGCCCAAAGUGUCAGAAUUCUAGGCUUGUGUACGACUGUCCAGCAGAAGAUUGUAAAGGGAAAAAAGAAGGUUCUGAGGAAUGCCGUGCUUGUUCUCUUUGCAUACAGAGAUGGAAGUUGGAUUUGGAGACUACACAAGAAGUGUUUGUCAUUGAUGAUGUUACAUUGCUGAAGCCACUAAAGGAUACCUCAGAGCUGCAUUUAGGACAAGAAACUACAUAAUCAUUUGGUUGUCUAGUUUCUUACUCGAGAUCAUAAACUCCAUUUCGAUGAAGGUUGGUGAUAUACCUUUGCUCAAUGGAGAUGAUCUUCAACUAUCUUUAAAAACUUUUUAAAAAUAAUAAAAAUUUGCUCCAUUU